UUCCGCUUCCUUUCCACUCAUCAGCAAAAGCUGCGUGGUUUCGCCGGGGAAACCUGCUGAGCUUAUACUUUUCUUUUUCACUCCAGAGUCGUACAGCCUCGGACAAAUUGUUACAUCAUGUCAUAUCAUGACGAAGAAGAGUAUGACCCUUACGCCUAUACGAACGACUACGACCUGCACACCGGUGACCCUAAAGCAGACCUGGCCUAUGAGAGGCAGUACGAGCAGCAGACCUACCACGUCAUCCCAGAGGUCAUCAAGAACUUCCUGCAGUAUUUUCACAAAACCAUCUCGGACCUGAUCGACCAGAAGGUUUACGAGCUGCAGUCCAACCGUGUGUCCAGUGAGAGCAUCGAGCAGAAGAUCUACGAGAUUCAAGACGUCUAUGAGAACAGUUGGAAUAAACUCACCGACCGUUUCUUUAAGACGUCUCCUUGGCCCGAGGCUGAGGCCAUCGCAUCACUGGUCGGCAACGAUGCUGUGUUUCUCAUCCUGUAUAAGGAGCUGUACUACAGACACAUCUACGCUAAAGUCAGUGGCGGACCCACUUUAGACCAGAGGUUCGAGUCCUACUACAACUACUGCAACCUCUUCAACUACAUACUCAAUGCUGAUGGUCCUGCUCCUCUGGAACUCCCAAACCAGUGGCUCUGGGACAUUAUUGAUGAGUUCAUCUACCAGUUCCAGUCGUUCAGUCAGUACCGCUGUAAGACGGCAAAGAAGUCUGAGGAGGAGAUCGAGUUCCUGAGGAGCAACCCCAAGAUCUGGAACGUCCACAGCGUCCUCAACGUUCUGCACUCACUGGUGGACAAAAGCAACAUCAACCGUCAGCUGGAGGUGUACACCAGCGGAGGUGACCCAGAGAGCGUGGCCGGUGAAUACGGCCGUCACUCCCUCUAUAAGAUGCUGGGUUACUUCAGUCUGGUGGGACUUCUGCGGCUCCACUCUCUGCUGGGGGAUUAUUACCAGGCCAUCAAAGUCCUGGAGAACAUCGAGCUCAACAAGAAGAGCAUGUACUCUCGUGUACCUGAGUGUCAGAUCACCACCUAUUACUACGUUGGCUUUGCGUACCUGAUGAUGCGGCGCUACCAGGACGCCAUCCGAGUCUUCGCCAACAUCCUGCUGUACAUCCAGAGGACGAGAAACAUGUUCCAGAGGUCCACGUACAAAUAUGAGAUGAUUAACAAACAGAACGAGCAGAUGCACGGUCUGCUGGCCAUCGCCCUCACCAUGUACCCGAUGCGCAUCGACGAGAGCAUCCACACCCAACUGAGGGAGAAGUACGGAGACAAGAUGUUACGGAUGCAGAAAGGAGACCUCCAGGUGUUCGAGGAGCUCUUCAGUUUCGCCUGUCCUAAGUUCCUUUCUCCUGUGGUUCCAAACUACGACAACGUUCAUCCCAACUACCACAAAGAGCCGUUCCAGCAGCAGCUGAAGGUGUUCGCAGAGGAGGUCCAGCAGCAGGCGCAGCUGUCCACCAUCCGCAGUUUCCUGAAGCUGUACACCACCAUGCCGGUGGCCAAGCUGGCCGGGUUCCUGGACAUGACGGAGCAGGAGUUCCGGAUCCAGCUCCUGGUCUUCAAACACAAGAUGAAGAACCUGGUCUGGACCAGCGGCAUCUCAGCCCUGGAUGGAGAGUUCCAGUCUGCGUCUGAGGUGGACUUCUACAUUGACAAGGACAUGAUCCACAUCGCAGACACAAAAGUGGCUCGUCGCUACGGAGACUUUUUCAUCCGACAGAUCCACAAGUUUGAGGAGCUCAACAGGACGUUGAAGAAAAUGCCGGCGAGCAGCACGUCCGCCACGUCUGGAAGCGCCACGAGUCGAUGAACAGCGACGAGUCCUCUGCAGCGCUCUGCAAAGUUUUUCGGAAACUAUUAUUGAUGAAAUGUUUUCUAUGUAAAACCCGUAAAGCCAAUAAAAGGAUGGAGUG